AUGGAACCUGGCGACCCCUCCGACCUCGCCGCCCAGGAAGCUGCGGCGAGGGACUACCAACCACAGCUGGAGGGUCCAUUGGUGGGCGACAAGAUCACGAGCGACGCCAUCACCGACGAGUAUGCCAAGGCCGACGACGUUUACGUUGCGAAAACCAUUACCUACUCGCACUACCGACCCAUCCAAGGCGACGGCAACUGCGGCUGGCGAGCAAUUGGCUUUUCCUACUUCGAGCACCUCGUCAACAAUGGCGACCAGCACCAGAUACUCGGCGAGGCUGCGCGCAUCCAGAGCCUGGACCAGUACCUUUUGCGUGUCGGCGGCUACGACCGGAUGCUGUUCGAAGACAUGGUGGAAGAGACAAUCACUCUGCUGAAAGACCUGGCCCAGAACAUUGUCAAUCCUCAACUGGCUACGCACGUUUUGGUCCAGCGCUUCAACGACCAGGACGCCUCCAAUGCCAUCAUCUAUCAUCUUCGUCUGCUGGCGAGCUCAUGGCUGAAGGGCAACCCCGAGUCCUACGAGCCCUUCAUCCCCGCCGAGACGGGUAUUGCCGGCUACUGCGCAGAGCUCGAGCGUCCCAACAGAGAAAUUGAGCAUCUGGGCAUCACGCUUCUUGUCCAGGUAUUGCUGAAGCCCGUCAACUUCGUGCUGGAGAUUGCCUAUCUCGACCGGAGCCCCGGGAGCCAGGUCAAUAUCUACCGCUUCCCCGAGGAGGCCAACGGCCAAGAUCCCGCCAGCUUGGGCCCCAUCAUUUACCUGCUAUACCGACCCGAUCACUACGAUAUCCUCUACAAGUCGCCCUUGAACCCUGCACCCUUGGACCUGCAGGUCAACCGGGCCACUUCGUUUUCUCACCGACACGAGAUUGCGAGCGUAGCGCCGUCACUCCACAGCUAUGCGAAUCUCGACUACGGCCCAUUGGCCAUGCUUCCCGGCUUUGGCGGCCCGGCUUCCGGUCUGUCGUCGGGCUUGUCCUCACUAGGCUCUCCUACCGCAACCUCGCCUUUGCCGGACGCUUUUGACCCGCCGUCGCACUCUCCUUGGCUCGCCACGUCGUAUUCCGAUCACAUGCAGCAGCAGCAACCUGUGUCAGCUCGCCGUCCGCAGCCCCAGACGGCACCUCAGCCCCAGCCACCAACGCCUGCUCCUGUGAAGGCGGCACAACCUGUCGACUAUCAGCUGAGGUUUAGUCACCAGUGCUGGCAUCUCAAUAACACCAGCUCGGCGCAACCGUCGAUUCUCUCUGCCCCGUCGGGGUUCCAGGAACCUAGUUUCACGACGGCCAUGUUCAAGAACAGCCAUUUCAACAAGGCUCAUUACAACAAUCCUCAUUUCCACCCCGAAGAAUGGACGCCUGACGAUGACGGCCACCACGAGAGGGCUCCGAGCGCCAAGAAGAAGGGCAAGCUCAGGUCGGAUCACUAG